CCACGGCGCCAAACUCCUCGAGACCACGUUUCCAUCUGAAACGGCGGGCUCACCUCUCUCCAGCCCCGCCAGAGCAAUACGGGAGUGGCGAGGGAUAGCAAGGGGCCCACAGCCAAGGCGCUGCAGUGGGGGGACUGCGCGGGCUCGGGAGGGGUCGCCGUUCCCGAAAUCUUUGCACGACUGCUCCACUGGCUCUGUUCGGUGCUCUGUCGCCAAGAGCACCGAGAAGGAGAAGGAGGAGGAGGAGAAGGAGGAGGAGGAGGAGGUGGAGGAGGAGGGGCGCCUGGUGAGACCAAGGCAGGCGUCGCCGCUCCUCACGGCGGUGGCUGGACCGUGCGCACGAGGGCACCGCGGCGCUGCGCGGCGGCCGACGCGUGCCGCCGGCGCGGCACGCCGCGCGGGCGGGAAGGGCCAGGCCGAGGGGCAGCGCUGGCUGGUGGCGGACGCAGGGUGGGCAGAGGGACGUCGACACGUGAUGAGGGAGGAAGGGGAGGAGGAGGAGAGGAGGACGCGGGCCGCUGUCUCUUCAGAACGAGGACCCCACACCAUAGGAUGGUUGGGAAUAAAGAAGAGUUGAACACUACCCACACAUGACCAAGCCAAAAAACAUACAAAUCGUCGUGGACUAUGCUCGAAGAUUCCUCCUGUGGAGGGACACCACCCCGACGGAGAAGAUGCCCGCGGACGGGCCGCAUGGCCGCGCGCGGGUCUCCUCGGGCGCCAUGUGCCCGUCGGCGCCGGUCUCGUCGGGGCGCGAUUGCCUGCGGCGCCCGCGCAUCUGCGCUCCUGCUGGCCCGGCCGGCGAAGCGGGAACGUCUCGGCUGCUGCGCGCCUGUGGUCCGCACCGCCCGCCCCCCAGAGCUCUCUCGAGCCGCACGAGCGCCGGCCGCUGGAGCGCGCCCACCGAGCGCGGCCCGCGGAGGCCGAAGCAGAGGCCUUCUACACGGGGUCCGCGCGUCGGGGGGGACGAAAGGGCGGGAUAGCAAAGGGCAGGGUAGAGAAGCAGCUCACGCAGCUGAUUCUCCCAGCGCCUCCCGGCGCCCAUGCACCGAGGAAUGGGCCUGGCGGCGGGGCCGAGGCCAGCGGCAUGCAGCAGAUGUCG